AUCAUAAAAUUCGAUGUGACAAAAAAUUUUGAAAACUUUUUUAAUUUUUUUUUGAGUAAACAAGGCUUGUGUACGUGGCUAAUUGUACAAUCUGGGAAAAAGAUUUUUAUAAUAGGUGAAAAACGAAAAUUGACGACGGGGUCAGAGGUCACUGCAUUUUUUCGUCGGGAAGGGAAGCGAAACGUGUGCAUCUCAGCAUCUCACCCGAUUCCGUCGUCCUCACGACCAGCACGCGUACAGGAGGAGCUUCUCGAACGCGUGCCCUAGCCACUAGCCUGACUCCUCCGCAGUCCCCACCGCCGCGCCGGCCAAUUUCUCCAGCCAAGACACCUCGCCGACCUCCAUUCCCCCGAAUCGCAUAGCGGAGUCCGGAUUGCAGUUGCUCCGGCCCAUCCGGCCGUCACAUCAGCCCCACGCCGCGCCGCCAGUCGCCGCACGAGGGGGGCGCCCGCGAUGCCGAAGAAGAUGGGCGUGAACUCCAAGGCGGAGGCGGCCCGCGAGCGCCGCUCCGCCGCGGAGGCCGACCGGCGCGACCGCCAGGAGCGCGCCAAGGAGGAGCAGUACUGGGCCGAGGCCGAGGGCCCCAAGUCCCGCGCCGCGCGCCGCCGGGAGGAGGACGCCGAGAAGCGCGCCGAGGCCGCGGCGCGCAAGGCUGAGAACCGCCGCCUCGCCGAGGCCGAGGCCGCCGCCGUCGCCGCUUCCGCGUCGGCGCCGUCCAAGGCCGCCGCGCGCAAGGCGUCCCGCGUCGCUGCCCCGCCCCCCAAGGUCACCGAGGCCGAGCUCGCGCGCCUCCGGGAGGAGGAGCGGCUCCGCCUCGAGCGCGAGGCGGAGGCCGCCAAGAAGCGCGCCGCCCGGGUCGCCGAGGAGGAGGAGUACGAGCGCGUAGUGCUCGUUGAGAACACUAACAGGGAUGAUUCCCUCAUCGAGGCCAGGUCGGUUGAGGAGGCCAUCGCGAGGAUGUCGGUCGUGGAUCCGCAGGCGUCCCUGCCCGCUGACAAGCAUCCUGAGCGUCGUCUCAAGUCGACAUUUAAGGCAUUUGAAGAGGCAGAGCUCCCUAAGCUGAAGGAAGAAAAGCCAGGCCUAACGCUGCACCAGUACAAAGACAUGAUAUGGAAAUUGUGGAAGAAGUCUCCAGACAACCCUCUUAACCAGGCUGCUGACUAAUUUUGCAAUCCUACUGAACCAUUUGUGUAAUUAAAGCUUGCCAUUGUUUUAUAUGCAGAUCAACCUCCAAACAGCCCUGAACUGCGUUGCUACCUUUUUCUUGGAGUGGAUGUGCAACAAACCUUGAAUCAGAAAGAUGUCUCAGCCUCGGCUAAUAAUUUUCAAAUUACUGGAGUGUAUACUGUGGGAGGUGCUCUUGUUUAGACUUUGUUGAUGUUCCUUUUUCUGUUUAGUAUGGUUGGGCACAUGUUGGUACCAAACAUACUUCACGCGUGACAGUAUUUUGAACAAAUUGUGUCAUGGACUAAACCAUGAGAUGUCCAUUGAGUUACAAAGGCUGCCCCAUUAUUUGGCUCAAUAUAUCUCUCUUUUUGCAUAA